AGAGAGAGAAAGUGUUUUGUUGUAGAGUUGAGAAACGGGGUGGAGGUGGGGUAUUAUGAUGAUGGCGGAGGGAUUAUUAUGAUUGUGAUGAUGAUGAUGAUGAAGAAGAAGGAGGUGAUAUGUAAAUGUUGUUUGUAGAAGGGCUGGCCAUGUUGAGGCAGCUCAUCGGUCAAGUUCAAGAGCUCUUAGACCUCUACGGUACUCCUCUUCCUCCGCCGCUUCCCGCCGUUCAUCUUCCCUACAUCUUUCAUCAUCAACCUCCCACCAUACUCGGACAGCCGCCACAACUUCGUAAUAACAGAUGGUGUUUUCUGAACCUUGAAGAUAACCCUUCAGAAGAUGAUUGCUACAAUCUGGUAAUGAAGGCUGGAAGGUUCCAGAUGUUGGAGCCUGGUAAGGCUCCACCUUCUAAGAGAGCUCGAAAGGAGCGAAGCCGAGGAAAAUUAGCCGAAACCUCUAGUUCAAAUGAGACUAUGGAAGAGGAAAUCUGGAAAGAGUUCCCCGAAGACUUACAUGAGGCUGUCAUUGCAAGACUUCCUGUUGCCACCUUCUUCCGGUUCCGCUCAGUUUGCCAGAAAUGGAAUUCUUUGCUGACUUCAAAUAGCUUCUCCCUUCAAUGUGCUCAAGUCCCUCAACCCCAACCUUGGUUUUACACCCGAACUCAUGAAAAUGUCAAUACCGGAGCUAUGUAUGACCCUGUAUCAAGAAAAUGGCACCACCCCACGGUUCCUGCCAUACCCACAAAAAUGAUCAUAUUGCCUGUGGCUUCUGCCGGUGGCCUCCUGUGUUUUCUUGACAUCGGACAUAGGAGCUUCUAUGUGUGUAAUCCUCUCACCAGAUCUUUCAGAGAGUUGCAGGCUAGAUCGGUCAAGGUCUGGUCAAGAGUAGCCGUAGGGAUGACCCUGAACCAGAAAUCAGCUAACGGUGGUUACCAAAUCAUGUGGGUUGGUUCCGAUGGUGAGUAUGAAGUUUACGACUCCACAAAGAACACCUGGACAUGCCCUGGAAGUAUGCCAUCUUGUAUCAAGCUACCAUUGUCGUUAAACUUCAGGUCACAGGCAGUGUGUGUAGACGGUUCGAUGUAUUUCCUGAGGUCAGAUCCAGAUGGGAUUGUGUCUUAUGACAUGGAAACUGGAGUUUGGAAGCAAUUUACAGUCCCGGCCCCUGUCCACCUGAGCGACCAGAGUCUGGCGGAGUGUGGCGGGAGGAUCAUGCUGGUGGGGUUGCUGACGAAAAACGCAGCUACUUGCGUAUGCAUAUGGGAGCUUCAGAAAAUGACUCUCUUGUGGAAGGAGGUUGACAGAAUGCCAAAUAUAUGGUGCUUAGAAUUCUAUGGAAAGCACAUUAAGAUGUCUUGUUUGGGUAACAGAGGAUUGCUGAUGUUAUCGCUUCGAUCGAAAAUGAUGAACCGAUUGGUUACUUAUGAUAUCUUGAGAAAAGAAUGGUUGAGAGUUCCCAACUGUGUGCUCCCACACAGUCGAAAACGACAAUGGAUUGCUUGUGGGACCGCCUUUCAUCCUUGUCUGACUGCCAAGGCUUAACAUGUGGUUUCCCAGGUAGUUUUAGUAGUGGGUUGAUGCAAUCACCCUUUGUGUAAUGCUACAUAUAUUACUUCAACUUCAAUUCCAAUUCCAAUUGUCCUUGUAGUAAUAUUAAUCAUGUUUUAUUCCA